GGUUUCUCUCCCUGUCGAUUCACACCCGCAUUCGCGCCGCUCUCCCCACCCCUCUCCUCUCUCUUGCGAACGGUUCUCGUCGCCCCGUCGCCUUGUGGGCACGUCGCCGGCGCGCAUCCUCUUCGCGCAGAGAUGGAUGACAACGGGAAGACCGGAGAUACGCUGAUAGUGCAAGCUGCUGGUUUGGUUGCUGUUUUGUGUGCCUAUAUGGCCACAAUAACUACAAGGGCUAGAAUUAGAAACUAUUGUGCUCCAAUUCGUUACGUUAUGCUUGAGAGAGACGUAGCUAGGUUGUCCAAUCUACGUUUUAUCUAUGAAACCAAUGAUAUAAAUUGCCAUGACCUACUAAGGAUGAACAGGGCCCCAUUUUAUAACUUGUGUAACUUGUUCCGUGAUCGGAAAUUGUUGGAAGACAGCAUUGAUACCUGCAUUGAGGAGUAGCUUGCGAUGUUCCUUCUUGUAGUUGGGCACAACCAUAGGUUUAGGGCAAUGAAACCCAUAUUUAGGAGGUCAAUUGAAGUAAUCAGUCAAUACUUCAAGGCAGUUUUAUAUGCAAUUGGGGAGUUGCGUGAUGAGAUGAUCCAGCCCCCUUCCAAUGUUCAUCCAAAAAUCCUACACAGUAGGGGCUUCUAUCCCUACUUUAAGGACUAUGUUGGUGCAAUUGAUGGCAUCCAUGUUGCUGCCAAGGUACCGGCUGCUAUUGCUUCGACAUUUAGGGGUCGGAAAGGUGGCACCACCCAAAAUGUGAUGGCUGCGGUUAACUUUGACCAUAAGUUUACCUAUGUGUUAGCUGGUUGGGAAGGGUCGGCCCAUGAUGCACUCAUUUUGGCUGAUGCUUUGGAAAGGAAUGAUGGAUUUGUUGUCCCUGCAGGAAAAUUCUACCUCGUGGAUGCGGGCUAUGCCGUGAGGCCAGGAUUUCUUCCACCAUGUAGGGCUACUCGCUAUCAUCUUACUGAGUUUGGUGAGCGUGUCCCUCAAAAUGAGAAGGAAAUAUUCAACCUCCGCCACUCCUCAUCGAGGAUCACGUUUGAGAGGGCGUUUGCAGCUUUCAAGAACCGGUGGAGAAUUGUGGACAACAAGCCUCACCACCCUUAUCCGUCACAAGUCAAAAUCAUCCUAGCUUGCUGCAUUCUUCAUAAUUGGAUACUUCAGUGGGGAGAGGAUGAGUUUGUACCACUUGAGCACACUUGGACUGGAAAUCCAGCAUCGGAUGGUGUGAUUGACAUAGAACAUGAUAAUAGAAUCUGGUCACAAAUUAGAGAUGAUUGGGUUGGGCAUAUGUUUGCCAAUAGGGGCAAUUCAUGUGUGUAGAGCUCAAGUGUAGAACUCAAUUCUAUAUUGUAAUGUAUUAUGUAUAAUUCUACCAUGUAGAGCUCAAGUGUAGAGCUCAAUUCUAUGUUGUAAUGCAUUAUGAAUAAUUCUGUCAUGUACCCAAAUUGAAACAUUUAUGUCUUAUUUGCUACCUUA